UCGUUAGUCGAAGCUUCUAAACGUAUCGCGUGAUGGAAAGUGUCGCCCGGAGCAUUCUGUCAGCAAAAUAGAAAAUAUAAAUAAAUUGCCGUGAUGCUCUAAUAGUCAAUUAUGCAAAGUAGAACAGUUUGAGCGAAGAGACCCAGCACUGGGAAUCAUAGUGAGAUCUCUUUUGAGUGAGUUGUCUACCUUAAAGUUGAACCUUUCAAGACUCCAAGUGUCCCCUAGGAGAGAGUAACACAUCAUUCGAUGGCAGCUUUUCAGCGCAAAAAAAAACUCCACGAACUUUCCGUCAUGUCAGGUCUGACGAUUUAGGCAGUGUGCCCUUAAAGUGCUGGUGGCGAUUCUCAUGGUUUUGGAUUGGGAUCUUCCCUCGAAACCCCUGGGAGUCAUAAACGAGGAAGCCAAAACGGGGUCACUUCUGGGGAAUCGUCAACAACAACCGGUAGUGCUCGUGGAGCUGGCUGGACAUUGGUAGCAACGAUAAUUUGCUUAGCUCAGCCUCUAACUAACCACUAUAUAUACGGGACUGGAAAAGGGCCCAGAGACGCGAUGUCACAAAGUUCACCAACAACAACGUCGUCGUCGUCCUUCACGCAGGAUGAUGCCUCCAACGAGCCGUGGCUGCCAACGCUGGCCAACGGUCAUCUCGGGUUCACCGUGUUCGGCGACGCCGUCUACGUGAACGGCCUGUACAACGGCCAGCUCGGGCUGAGUCACCGGGCCCGGAUCGCCAACGUGGCCAACCUUCGGAUCGACGCCGGUGGGAACCCUCGACCCCCGACGCUCGUCGGCCAGUCACGGAUGGACUUUGCGAGGGGCACGUUUUUCGUCGAUUACCGCGGCCCUAAUAAUAGCUACAGGGUAACUCAGGCGAUCUAUCCCCAUCAAUUGUACAAUCGUGCCAUCGUCAAUCAAUUCCGGAUCGAGCGGCUCCGGGUGGAAGGCGAUAUUCACCUGAGCAUAACUCAAGCCAGCACCUCACCCACCAGCGAAGACAUCGUGUUCAACUCCACGGCGGAGUCAGUCAUCUUCAUCAGCCGUGGCGCGGAACGGCCAUCGUCCUCUGGAGUCGUCGUCGUCGCCGCUACCAAGGAUGAAUAUUCAACAGCAGCAGAAGAAGCGUUCCAAGUGCACCAGGCCUGUGGCAGCACCCGGGAACCGGAGGAUCCAUCAAGCCGGAGCCAACCGCGACAGGUCUGUGUCUUAUGGAAUCAUGUUCCAGAACGGCUCACACUGAAACGGUCCGAGCGCACGGUGUCGUACAAAUUUAUAAUGACGGCCGAUGAAAGUGCCAGCCGAGCUCGCCGCGAUCUGGAGCAGGCUCUGCGCAUCACUGACGACGAUGAACUGCUGCGCCGCCACACGGACAUUUGGGCCAGCUUCUGGAACAGGUUCGACAUCCAGCUGGAAGGUGAUCCCGACUUGGAGCAAACCGUUCGAGCCAGCCUGUUCUACCUGAUUAGUAACUUUCCGUUGGGCACCAACGGUACCGAUGACGAGCCAUUUCAAUUCGGUGGUCUCAGCCCAACGGGGCUUGGCCGCGGCGGCUCGGAUCUGGACGACUACGAGGGACAUUCGUUCUGGGACACGGAAAUUUGGAUGUUCCCGGUGGUGAAUCUUGUGGAGGCGGGGUUCGCCGAAAUGGCGAUUGACUAUCGGUUCCGGAGAAUGGAUGCCGCGAGGGAGUAUGCACGAACUGGGGGAUAUCAUGGAGUUAGGUACCCCUGGGAAAGUGCAUCAACGGGCAUCGAGGUGACCCAACCCGACUACAUGGACUCGGUGGCCGCCUUUCAGCAACACAUCACCGGUGACAUUAGCUUCGCGUUGCGGCAGCAUCUGGCCACCACGCAAAACCUCGACUGGUUGCGCACCCGCGGAUGUCCUCUAGCGCAAGAGAUUGCCCAAUUUUGGGCCAGCCGGCUCUCGUUGGAUCCCGUUACAGGGCUGUACGAUAUCAAGGCUGUGAUGGGACCGGAUGAAGAUCAUAAAAAUGUUACCAACAACGCGUACACCAACGUGAUCGCCGGCUAUGCGCUGUAUUUUGGCGACUUGACGAAAUGCCUGGUGAGCAGCUGUGACCAAGACCGGGACAAAGCCGCCCCACCGACCGAGGGCGGAAACUGGAGUGACCUGGCGUCGCGAAUAAAGCUGCUUUACGACGCCGAAAAUGACUACCAUCCGCAGUUCGAGGGCUAUCGGCGGGACACCGUUAUCAAGCAGGCCGAUACGGUGCUACUGGGCUAUCCGUUGCAAUAUCCGGGCCUGACGACGACCGCCAGGAGCAAUGAUUUGCGCUUUUACGAGGCAGUUACGCGGUCCAGCGGACCGGCCAUGACCUGGGCCAUUCACGCAGUUAACCAUUUGGACCUGGGAGAGGAGCGGGAGGCGGCGCGGAGGUUCGAGCAAAGCUACCGCGACUAUGUCCGGGGACCGUACCGGGUUUGGAGCGAGGUUGGUCCCGGGCAGUCGGGAGCAAGGAAUUUCAUCACCGGAGCCGGAGGAUUUCUGCAGGCCGUCAUCAACGGGUAUGGCGGAGUGCGGGUUUUCUUGGAUCAUUUGGAGAUUCAAAAUUCCAGACUUCCUCCGGGUUCCGCAACUUCUUUCAAAAUCAAAGGCCUUCAAUAUCUGGGUGCCAGACUGACACUAACGGUAACGACUUCUUCAACCAAGUUAUCAGUUGAGCAAAUCUGUCAGAAUAUGGCAAUCCAGAUUGGAAACGGUUUACCGACCCUGAUAGUGGAACGUGAAGUAUAUGAUAUUACCGGUGUACUAGCGAUAAUCAAGGCAAACGAAAGUAUUUUCGAGAAAUGCCUAGUGCAAGAUGAAACUCUUACAACGGUGAACGUAAACGUUUAAAACACUCUCAAAAAACAAAUCUAAAGAAUUCGAAACGACAAUUACCUUUUGUUUAAAAUAAGGCUGAUGUAGGUAUUUGUCAAAGUUCAAAAUUUUAAACCUAGAGCCCGGGAAGCAACCAAUAUUUUUUUUUAAAUUGCAAUGAAUGUGUUGAACCUGCUGAAAAUUGUUAAAAAGUACACUUUACUAAGUUUAUUGAACCAUUUCAAGCAUUUUUUUAAAUCCCAGCGUAAAACCUAUAAAUCGACCCUGUCGUGUUAUCUUGUCGCACGUCGCUUUUUGAUGUUCAGGAAAACGCGUUUCAAUGUUUGAUCUUGAAUAAACAAAAAAAAUAGAGCACGUAAUGUAACCAAUAACAACAAAUAUUUGAUUGGUUGACCAUUAUGUGUAUUGCCCCGAAGUUUGGUUGAAUUCGGUUGCCGGAGUCCCGAGUUAUAAUUACAAAUGUUUACGGUAGUCGGGUUUGUACGUGUGUCAAACGGAAAUUUCUUCCAUAUGAAGAGUGUCAGCAAUGCACGGAGUUUUUUCGGUUUUAUUGAAUAUCUCAGGAUUGAAAUCGAAUUUUAAGGAUCUAUGAAAGUCAAAAAGUGAGGCAUUGAGAGCUGCACAGAAUGGUUUUCUUAACCCAAUUUGGCCCAAAAUUCAAGUGCGACAAGUUAGCACGACAGCGACGAAAUAUAACUCUAUCCCCGUUUUUAUGUCGUACUUUGAGAUCCUCUACAAAUCUCUAAAAAGCUUCAAAACAUCAAAUUUAUAUGAAGUAGCUGCGAAUCCGACAAUUAUCUGUUGUUGCAACAUAACGCAAAAAUUUCCAAAGUGCUAAAAAGGUGACUACAGCUACUGUUGAUUCCAUUCAAGCACAUAUUUGGGACUUGAUGAACCACUUUGAUUACAUUCAGGAUGACUCAUCUAGAUCCGGUAUUAAUCCUUUGUUAAACAUCUAUUUUUACCCCCCAAAAUUAAUCAUUCCAACGACUU